AGCAAGGCGACUGACGUCUUCACUUUGCUUUGCCCCACGCCGCUAGACAACGGUGCAUUACAAACCAUAAGCCCAUCUCCCAGCCCCUACAUGGAGUUAAGACAGCAAUAAUGAGUCGCUUCUAUUUCGGCGACGACUCGCGCUCAGCGUCCAGCGACAACGACAACGAAGACGAAGAUGACCCCUCCUCUCUCCCCUUUGCAACACCCCUUCGCCGAUCGGACUUCCUCGACUCGGAAUUUUCACCGGCAACAUAUCUCUCUACGCUCCACAAUCGACACCAAACUCUGGAAGACCUACGUUCAGAACUGCGCUCGCGAUCGCAGCUUCUGUCCAAAGAGCUGCUAGACCUCGUCAACAGUAACUACCAAGACUUCCUCAAUCUGGGUAACAGUCUACACGGCGGCGAGGAAAAGGUAGAGGAGGUACGAGUAGGGCUUCUGGGCUUCAGGAAGGAUGUCGAUGGCUUGGUUGGUGUGGUGGGGGAAAGAGAGGAGGAAGUAGGAGAAUUAUUACAAGAGAGGAGAGACACCAGGGAGAAGAUCGAGUUAGGAAGACGCUUAGUCGACUAUGAUGCUCGGCUUAAGGAAUUGGAGACUGAGCUUAUGAUUGAGACGGCGGGGCACGAGACAAUCAUACUCGGGGAAGAGGUCUCGGACAGCGAGGACGAUGAAGAGGAAGAGGAAGAGGAAGAGGGCUACGGUGUGUCGAUUGUCAAGCUGAGGCGAAAUGUCGUGCAUUACCAAUUGGUGCUGGGGCUGCAGAAAGACUUAGGCGAGCAUCCGUUUGUGGCGGCCCAGGCAGCCAGAACAGCAAAAGUGCGGAGUACACUAUUGAUGGAUCUGAGUACUGCGCUGCAGCAGGCGAAAAGCGCUGGUGCUUCUGGCUCUGGUCGCGUGAUGAAAGUCAUGAAGAUCUACGCCGACAUGGAGGAAUCUGCCGAAGCAGUCAAGGUCCUCAAAACACUCAAGUCGUCAUAGAAGAAGACUUCAACCAGCAUAGCGACGGCGUUCGGUAUGGUACAUUGUUCAUACAUCCCAGAAAGCUAUAUUUACAGAGGUCCACUCAACUCCUUUGGCGAUAUGGACUCGGGCCCUCUGAAGUCUCCACUCAAUGAGAAGCCAGACGUUCUCUGUACUCGCUACCACCAACCAUAUUCCGGACACUGGUGCCCACCUGCGUGACAACCGUUCCUGCCUUUGUGCUGGGCAUCAAGCCCUUGGGACCUAACACUCUUCCCAGCCCCGCUUUGUUCAUCUUUUGGAGACUA